AUGGAGGUGCACUGGCGGGCCGUGUGCAUGGAGCGGCUAGUUAUUCAGUGUGCAGGGUGUUUGAACAGAAUUGAAGAGGAGCAAGAGGAAGCAGUCUUUCAUGAAGUGGUCAGUUUUACCCCCGAUCCUUUGCCAGUUAGAUAUUAUGACAAGGACACCACCAAGCCCAUCAGCUUUUACUUGUCGUCGCUGGAGGAGCUCUUGGCAUGGACGCCCAACAUGGAGGACGGCUUUAACGUGGCCUUGGAGCCCUCCGAGUGUCGCCAGCCUCCUCUAAGCAGCCACAGGCCCCGGACCUUGUUGUGCCAUGACAUGAUGGGCGGGUACCUGGAUGACAAGUUUAUUCAGGGCUCAGCAGUGCAGAAUCCCUAUUCCUUCUACCACUGGCAGUACAUUGACAUCUUUGUGUACUUCAGCCAUCACACGGUCACCAUCCCCCCAGUAGGCUGGACCAAUGCUGCCCACAGGCAUGGAGUCUCUGUGCUGGGCACUUUCAUUACCGAGUGGAAAGAAGGCGGGCAGCUCUGCGAAGCCUUCCUGGCCGGGGACGAGCGCUCGUACCAGGCGGUGGCUGAUCAGCUGGUCCUGAUCGCCCAGUUUUUCCGAUUUGACGGCUGGCUGAUCAACAUUGAGAACUCUCUGAGUCUGGCUGCAGUGGGGAACAUGCCCCAUUUCCUUCAGUACCUGACCACUCAGCUACACCAGCAGGUCCCAGGGGGCUUGGUGCUCUGGUAUGACAGUGUGGUGAGCAGUGGGCACCUCAAAUGGCAAGAUGAACUGAACGACCACAACAGGGUUUUCUUCAAUUCCUGUGAUGGCUUCUUCACCAACUAUAACUGGCAGGAGGAGCAUCUGGAGCGUAUGCUGGGGCAGGCUGGGGAGCGCCUGGCUGACGUGUACGUGGGCGUGGACGUGUUCGCCCGGGGAAAUGUCGUAGGGGGCCGAUUUGACACAGACAAGUCACUGGAGCUGAUCCGGAAGCAUGGAUUCUCGGUGGCUCUCUUUGCUCCUGGCUGGGUGUACGAGUGUUUGGAGAAGAAGGAUUUCUUCCAGAACCAGGACAAGUUCUGGAGUUUGCUGGAACGCUAUCUGCCCACACACAGCAUCUGCUCCUUGCCCUUUGUCACUUCUUUCUGCCUGGGCAUGGGGACUCGAAGAGUCUGCUAUGGCCAGGAGGAGGCGGUGGGGCCCUGGUACCACCCGAGCGCCCAGGAAAUCCAGCCCCUGUUUGGAGAGCACAGGCUGGAGGGGGAUGGACGGGGCUGGGUGAAGACGCACUGCUGCCUGGCGGACGCCUGGAAUGGGGGCAGCUCCCUGCUUAUCCGGGGGGCCAUUCCGCCCGAGGUUGGAGAUGUGGCUGUGAGGUUAUUCUCCCUGCAGGUCCCGGUGCCACCCAAAGUCUUCCUGUCCAUGGUGUACAAGCUCGAAGGGCCUUCAGGCGUCGGGGUGGCCCUGGAGCUCACCACAGGGAGUGCGGGCAGCUGUCACAUUGGUGGCAUCUCAGCCUUGAACGCAGAAACAAGCUCAAGGUACAGCCCCCGACCCCUCCGGGUGCCCCCUACCAAGCUGGCCAGAUGGGUGGGCCGCUGCGGCCAGCAGUUCAGCGGGGGCUGGGUCCAGCGCUGCUACGAAGUGAACCUGCAGGGCUGCCUCCUGCAGGACCUCUUCAUUAGUUUCUCACGGCCUCUGGGCAGCCAGGAGGAGAUGGACUUUGUCUGUCGCCUUGGAGAGAUCCAGGUGGUGGACGCCAACAGCCUGCUGACCCCUCUACCCCGGGUGCAGGCUGUCACUAUCUCCCAUGUGUGCUGGCAGCGGGCCACCUCUGACGGGGAGGCGCCCCUUGCCGGGCUCCAGCUCAGCUGUACCCUGCACUGGUCCUACCUCGUCUCUCACGUCCGAUGCUUCCGGAUCCACUGCUGCAGGGGGACAGCCGGCUGCUCUCCCAACAGGGGGCCCUUGGGGCCAGAGAAGCCCACGCUCCUGGGCCUGGCUUUUGUCAACCAGUAUCGGGUAGUGGACCUGGUGGUGGCAGCUGCAGGGCCUGGCCAGGAUGGCCGUGUGGAGUUCCUGGUGGAGCCUGUCCCCAAGGAGGGCUUUCUGGUGCCACAGGCUGAGUGGGGCAGAGCGGCCAUGCUCUACUCUGCGCCCCGCUCGUGAGCGGACAUUAAAGCACAGUCUUCC